CUUACAGUACCAUUAGCACUGCAAUCAUAACAUAUGUCGACCAAAGCGAUGAAAGAAUACACGUUUGAGGAAGUGGCGAAACAUGACAAGGAAGGAGACUUGUGGAUUGUCAUAGACUCGAAAGUAUACGAUCUAUCUCGGUUUGCAGACAUGCAUCCAGGAGGAGCCAACGUGCUCUAUACCGAUGUGGUGGCCGGAAAAGAUGCCACACAAGUGUUCUUUGGUCUCCAUCGGCACGAGGUGCUGCUGAAGCCUCAAUAUGCACGAUUACAAAUUGGCAAAAUUCAGGGCGAGGAAGAAUCUAUAAAAGCACUUGCUCCAGGCGAACUCUCACAAGUACCUUAUGCGGAGCCAACAUGGCUCAGUGCCGGGUACUCCAGCCCAUACUACACUGAUAACCAUAGGAAAUUUCAAAAAGCCGUGAGGAAGUUCUUUGUAGAAGUCGUACACCCUGAAGCCGUUCGCUGCGAAGAUAAUGGGAAGAAAAUAUCCCAAGAUGUCGUAGAUAAACUGAGCGAACUAAACUUUCUCGCAAUGCGCCUUGGCCCUGGCAAGCAUCUUAAAGGCCGAGUACUGAUGGGUGGCUUAGUCAAGCCAGAAGAAUACGACUACUUUCACGAGCUUAUCCUCAACACCGAGCUCGCUCGUUUUGGAACUCGCGGGUUUGUGGACGGGCUUCUGAAUGGCGGUGUCAUAGCCCUCCCUCCACUAUUCAAUUUUGGUACUCCCGAACAACAGGCUAAAUUUGUGCCUGAUGCCUUGGCUGGCAAAAAGUACCUUGCAUUAGCAAUCACUGAGGCUUUCGCUGGUAGUGAUGUCGGUGGAGUGCAUACCACUGCGGUUAGAGAUGGAGAUGACUGGAUAGUUAACGGUACCAAAAAGUGGAUUACGAAUGGUACAUUUGCUGACUACUUUACUACACUAUGCAAAACGGAGCCUGGAUUCACCGUCCUUCUUAUUCCUCGCGUAGAAGGCGUUUCAACGAAACCAGUCAAGACUGCGUAUUCUUCAACUGCGGGAACCGCAUAUGUCACAUUUGACAAAGUUCGCGUCCCAUUUGCGAAUACCCUCGGAAAAGUAGGAAAUGGCAUGUCUGUCAUUCUCAGUAAUUUCAACCAUGAGCGUUGGAUGGUUACUUGCACCAGUCUUGGCGCCCAACGGGUUGUCGUUGAAGAGUGUUUGAAAUGGACUAACCAGAGGAUCGCUUUCGGAAAGCCUCUGAAUGCACAAGCAGUCAUCCGCUCUAAAUUGGCGAACAUGAUUGCCCGUGUGGAGGCUUCGCAUAAUUGGGUAGAGGCUAUAACUUAUCAAAUGAACAAUAUGUCAUAUAAUGAGCAAUCGGACAAACUGGCUGGACCAAUAGCACUUAUGAAGCAGUUUGUCUCUCGGGCUGGUCGCGAGACUGCAGAAGAUGCCACACAACUCUUUGGUGGAAGAGGUAUAACAACAACUGGGAUGGGUAAAUUGAUUGAAAAUUAUCAUCGUACAUCACCUUACGACGCUAUCCUUGCUGGUGCGGAAGAUGUUCUUGGUGACCUCGGAGUACGACAGGCUAUGAAGAAAAUGCCUCGUAAUGCACGAUUGUGACCGUAUAAGCUAUCGUCAUUGUCAUGCACUGCACAAAGCUUGGAAUGUACAUAUAUAACAUAUAUAUAUAUCGUUAUAGCUCGUAUCCAUAUCCAAUAUUUUAUCACCUACACACUAUUCACAAGAAAACAUGUCUGUUUUUUUCACUCCCAAAAGUCCUCUGAAUUUGUUCAUUGCAUCGUCAGCGUUAUCCAGCCCAAAGUGAUGGCCAAUCCCGCCCAUAUUCCAUUGGGCGAAAGUAUCUUUGUUCCCGAGUUAGUCGUUGGAGAUGGCGAGGAUGAGGCGCUAGAAGUGGAGCCGGAUGCCGAAGAUGGGAAGACAGUGCUCUGAGACAGUGAUGGUGCAACAGUCGACUGGGAUGGCAGCGCGGUUAUUGUGGUCUGAGAGACGCUGGAAGUGGGCGACGUAUUCGUAAGCGUAGUCUGAGAGGCAGCUGAAAGAAACGAAGUCGUCAAGGUGCGAUUGGGGUUCUGUCCUGGAAGUGUCAUUUCUGGAAGAGAAUAACCAGCGUUUGCACAAGUAAGGUAGUAAUCUGCGGUGAAUGAGUGAAUAAGAACGCAAAGCACAAAUUUGCCGCCUUACUAUCUAACAACUGUUGAGCCGAGGCGUAAUCCGCACUAGUAGCGUUAUCAGCGGUUCCAACACACACGAAGCAAUUGUAAUAAGCAGUCUCGAAGGACUGUAGGCAGAGCGUUGAGAGAGACGGGUUUGACUGCAGGCAUCAAAGUGAGAUGAUGCGGAUGUGGCGGGGGCGAAAAAAAGGGGAGCUUACAGACGUUACGCUAGUUACAGAAUCGCAAGUGCUCAUGCAUUGAGGCGGAACGGUGCUUGACUGCCUUUUUACCAGUGAUCCUUUCGAGACGAGGUGGAAGCUGGCGAAACGUUCGCCAUCGCUCGGGGUAGCCAUACAGGUGAAAACCCAACACAGGGAAAUGAGGCCCAGGAGGAGGAGUUGCAUCGUACAGUGUCUCGAAAUUGUGGACUCUGGGGGGAGACAACUGGGGAGGGCGUC